CAUUUAGAAAGAGAGAAAGAAAGCAAGUGAGGAGUUGCAGGAAUAAGACUCUGACAAGAGUUUUAUUUUAUUUUAUUUUUUUAUUAUUAUUAUCAUUAACACUCACAAAUAUACACAUAUCUACAUAUAAAUAUAUAUAUAUGUAUAUUUUUUUGUUUUUUUGGCUCUCAAGUUCUUUCAAUUCUCUGAGAUGGAGAUGAAGAGAUUGUUUUUGGAGGAAUCCUUGUGAAAACUCUCCAAAGAAAAGAUAGAUCUAUCUUCCUCUUUCUCUAUCUCCAUUGUUAUAUCACCUUUCACGUGCUCAUGGUCAUCUUCCAACCUCAAGGUCAGAAGAUGAUGAUGAUACACAUACUGAAUGUUUCACUGCUUCAAAGCCAACCACCUACCAUCCUUUUCAUUUACUUAAUUUCUUUACUGAAAUGAUAAGAAUCUUAUUAUUUUGAAUAUUUAUAUAUUUUCCCAUAUAUAUAUAUAUAUAUAUAUAUAUAUAAAUUCUGUGAAGAGAUUGAGUAGCUAGUUUGGAAUCACAUAAUUCACCAAGUUCAUGGCAACCUUCUACCAUGGUGCACCGGAGAUCCAAUCAGACAGCUUGCAAACACUUCAGUUCAUGAACCCGGGCUUCUCCGGUUACUCCGACACGUCGGCGCCGGCCAACAUGGUGCUCCUUAACUCCUCCACCUUGAGUUCUCUCAAUCCAGUAAGCCUUUCUCAAUCUCAACAACAACACUUUGUUGGAAUUCCUCUCCAAACCACAACUCAAGAAACAGCUAACCCUCAUGAGAUCUCAACCAUGAAUGGAUUCAUUCCUAGACUUCACUACAACCUAUGGACCCCAACUCCAACUAACAACACCAUUGACAUCUCAACAUCCUCCAUGCCUCUAGCUCAGCAAGGAAGCUUGUCUUUAAGCUUAUCUUCACAACAACAAGCUCCUUAUCAUUAUCAUUCAGAGCCUGCAGAGAUUCACACUACUCCGGUGUCAUCAUCAGUGAGCUUUAUUAAUGGCGGGAUCAUGUCGAGUUCUCAGAGUCAUGUCUUGAUGGGUUCUAAGUACUUGAAGGUUGCUCAGCAAUUGCUAGAUGAAGUGGCUAGCGUUGGCAAAUGUGGGGUAGUUGAAGGAGAUGAUCAAACAGUGAAGAAGAGCUCUUCUUCUAAGGUUUCUGGUUAUAAUAGUAAAGAUCAAUCAGACAAGAAGGAAGAAGGUGAAACAAGUGUGAAGAGAGCUGUUGAUCUUACUACUGUGGAAAAACAAGACCUUCAGAUGAAGAAAGCCAAGCUUGUCACCAUGUUAGAUGAGGUUGAACAGAGGUACAGGCAAUACAGUCAGCAGAUGCAAAUAGUUGUGUCAUCUUUCGAAGUUGUUGCAGGGCAAGGAUCAGCAAGAACAUAUACUUCACUGGCUUUAAAGACGAUAUCGAAGCAAUUCCGAUCGUUAAGAGACGCCAUUGCCGGCCAGAUACGCGGAGUUAGCAAGAGCUUAGGGGAGGAUGAAUGCUUACUAGGGAGCAAGGCGGAAGGCGGCUCAAGGCUUCGGUUUGUCGAUCAUCACCUCCGGCAACAACGAGCUCUCCAACAGCUCGGCAUGAUGCAACAUAAUGCUUGGAGGCCUCAACGUGGCCUGCCUGAACGCUCUGUUUCGGUGCUUAGAGCUUGGCUCUUUGAGCAUUUCCUCCAUCCAUAUCCCAAGGAUUCAGAUAAGAUCAUGCUUGCCAAACAAACAGGGCUAACCAGGAGUCAGGUAUCCAACUGGUUUAUCAAUGCAAGGGUGAGGUUAUGGAAGCCAAUGGUAGAGGAGAUGUACAUGGAGGAGACAAAGGAGCAAGAACAGAACAAUGCUGAUGAUAAAGCAAUCAAGGGUGAUGCCAAUGAAAACUCAAUGUCCCAAUCAGGGAACAGCCCAGGAAGAACAGAACAAGAUGAUAACCGAAAACCAUCUCCGAUGUCAGUGAACAUUCUACCACAAGCCAUUUAUCAGAACAAUGAAGCAGUAGUAAUGCAUUCUAAACUAAAGAAGCCAAGGAGCACCGAUGAGAUCUCCGGUGAGCAAGGGUACUCAGUUAUCACCGGAAACAUGAAUCAUGGAGGGAGUUUUGGAACAUAUCAUCAUCAUCAUCAUCAUCAGGUUGGUGAGUUUGAGAGGUUUGAAGGAGAGCCAUUCACACAAAGGUUUUCAGGUAAUGGUGUUGCUUUAACUCUUGGACUUUCACACUGUGAAAACUUAUCAAUGUCUGGAGGACAACCAACUUAUAUUCCAUUUGGAAGGAGACUUGAGAUGAGUAGUAGCAGCAGCAACAACAACAACAACAACCACAACAACAAUGACAGCAAUCAGACAAUGGUUCAUCAAUCAAAUGGUUAUGAUAACAUCAAUCUGCAGAGCAGGAAGAGGUUGGCAGCUCAGCUGUUACCAGACUACGUAUCAUAAAAAUUCUUGCCGUUACUUGUAGGCUGCAUGGCAAUUGAGUGAAUUGGUGAUUGUAAAUGCUCUCUUUAUCUGUCUUUUUCUUGUCUUAUAUAUGUAGUGUAUAGGAGAUGUUUCUGAUCAAAGGAGUAUACUUGACAGACAUACAUUAAUGUUUGAUAGGCCAUGAAUGAGUGUAUAUUUAGUUGUUCAGUUCUCCCUUUAGAACAUAUGAGAGGAAAACAAUCAUAUUUAUGCAGACAUUUCAUUGUUUUUUGUGUA